AUGGCGAUUCACGCGCAUUCGGGCUCGCAAGCCGACGGAGACGGCGACGGCUUCGGAAUUGACGACGGGAGAAUCGGGCGAGACCACCGCUCGUGCUUCGUGGUGGACCAGGUGGUGAGCUCCGCGUCGGUGACGCACGCGGUUUGGGGCAGGUUUCGUCGACCCGAUGUUAACGAUGUGGUGCUCGGCAAGACUGACCAGCUCCAGCUCCUGGUCCUGGCACCCGCGGGCGACGGAACCGAGCGCAUGCGACUCGCGCACCAGCAGCCCCUGCACGGCACCCUCGUGGACCUUCGGGUCAUCCCGUGCGCCACCGCGAACGGCGGGGGUUCCGCGGGCGCGGACCUGCUCGGAAUCCUCUCCGACUCUGGCAAGCUGUCCAUCGUCGGGUUCGACCGACGUACCCGCAGGUUCGCGCCAAUCAGGCAGCUCCACCUGGCGCCGCCCGGGCUCCCGAUUGCGCCACACGUCGACGACGCGCUCGCCACCGCGACGGAUCCGUUCUUCUCGUCACUGGCGGUGGACCCCGGGGCGAGGUGCGUCGCGGUGAGGUGCGACACGCACGUCAGCGUGUUCUUCACCUCCUACGCCGGCGACGUGGACGACGGGUCCGCGUCCGCGUCGUCCAUCGCCGUCGACUCUGAGAACGCGAGCCGGAGUAACAACCGCGGGAUUGCGACAAACCCGGUCAAACCGAUCGAGUUUGACGCGUCGGGUACGCCGCUCCGACCGAAGGGGUGCAUCGUGCUGGACGCCGCGUUCGCUCGGACCACGGGCGGCGAGCAGAAACCGUGCCUGGUGCUGCUCCUCAUGGACGAGGACCCGGAUGAUCCCGACCAUCCGACCAUCCUCAGGGACCGCGAGUUGAGGGUGCCGCACGUCGACGUGUUUCGCAACCUGCGCAGGCGGAGCCUCCGGGAAGCGCCGACGACUUCGGAAUGGGAGAAGAAGUGCGAGGGCAUCGGGAUCGAGGCGCAUCCGAGGGGUCUGUACGACACGGCCACCGCGCCCACGUACAGGAUCAGGCUGCUGGACGCGAUCGUUCCCAGGGGUCUUCGCGCCAGGCUGGUGGAGCCGCCCCCGGGGUACGAGGGCGCGCCUUUCGUCGGCGUCUGGGGAUUUGGCGCGAUGAUAUCCAUCGGCGUAUCCGACCUCAGCGGAGCCGAUGGGACGAUGCCGAGGGUCACGCACCGCGCGCACGACACGGCGGAGGAGGAGGAGGAGGAUUCCGGCCUCGGACCCGAGUUCAGGCGGUGGGUGUGGAACCGGGCGUGGGUCACCGCGGACCCCCGCGAGACCGGUCCGUCGGAACAAACGUAUGGACCCGCGACGUCAAAGACGUCAAACGCGGCCGUCAAACAGGGUCGUUGGGUGUGGAGGGGAAUGGUCGCCACCGGAUCGCCGACGGAUAAGCACGCCAUCUUGCGCGUGAAGCUCGCGAUCGACGCUGCCGGUUCAUCCGUCGACGAGACGCGCGGCGUAUCCGUCCGGCUGAUGGGCGUGACAGCGCCCGCCGCGGCGCUGAUGACGGACGCGACGACCCGCGACAUUGGGCCCCUUCGCGUCACCUCGCGCAGGAAACUUUGCGAAUCCCCGUUGACGCUGGUUCCGCUGAGCGACGAUCCCGAGGGUCCCGUCAUCGUCCUCGGGCACGGCGAUUCGUGGCUCGCGCGUCGCUCCCCCGGGUGUCAGCGAAUGAGCGUGGUUCGGCUCGACGCGCCCCCGGGGAUCGCGACGGCGACAAAGUUCUCGCCGCCGACGAGCGACCCGUCGCGGAGAUCGAGGGGCGAGUCGGCGCUGGCGGUCGUCGACGGAAGACUGGCGCUCGUGUCUCCCGACCUGGAGCAGAGCGACGCCGCCUCCCGUUGCGACGCGGAUGCCAGACUGGGCGAGGGCGGUGGCGCGUCCGACGUCAAGUUUUUGUGCCGGGACAUCGCCACGGGUCGCGCGGUGACGGUGACGCCGUGCCGGGUUCCCCACGAGGACGACGAGAACGAUCCGGUCAAAUCGGACGACGAGAAUGCGCACACGGUCUGGGAGAUCAGGGCGUGGCCGCCGUCGUCGCGCCCGCCCGAGGAGGCGGAGGAUGACGACACGGCCGUGUCCACGUCGUCGGACUACGUCCUCGACGCUCGACCUGCCCCGCGUUUCCGCGUGACCGCCCUGGCGUCGUGCCACCCACCCAAGGGCGUGAUUGGCGGUAUCAUCGCGGUCGGAACGAGCCAGCUUCCCGUGACGUACAAGCGCAGGCAACACGGCCCGCCGGAACCCGAAGGUCGGUUGUUCAUCUUCCGGCUCGUGGACGCGGUGGACCCCAAAGGUGGACCACAAAUGAACCCGUGCGGACCUUGCCUCGCGCAGGCGGCGUGCAUCGCGCUCCCGUCUCCCGCGACGUGCGUCGCCACCGCGGGUCCCGGCGUUCUGUUCGCCGGUGCCGGAAACAGGGUGUACUGCAUCAGGAUCGGUCCGAGGGACGACGACGACGACGUACCGGCCAGGAUCCCGGUCGACGUACGAGAGCUGGGUCCGGGAGAUCCCAGGUUCGACGCCGCGUACCUGUCCCAGUCUCUGAGCGUCACCCUCGUGGCGCAGACGACCGCACGUCGACGCGUCACCGCCCUCGCCGUGGGUCCACCGCUCCUAUCCCGUUCCAACCGUCACGUCGGCGGCGUCGGUCGAGCCCGGGGACAUUACCCGAUGCUCGGCGGUGAAGCCGACGUGUCCGAGGAGGAGGGGUACGUGCCCGUGGCAAUCGCGGGCGCGAGGGAGAGCGUCGCGUUGAGCGUUUUGAAGACUGUUGACACCGACGCGGCGUCGAGGUUGGCGUACCCCGAGUUCACCCCGAUGGCGACGGACGCCACCGUUCGCACGGUGCGGGCCAUGGCGAUGCGUCGGCGAGGGGAAGUCGCGGGGGUGGACGCGUCGGGGAGAAUUUUCGUGCUUCAAAACAGAAACGCGCCACAAGCUAAGAAAAGGUCCCCAGACGAGCCGGAGGAUGACAACAACGGGAGGAGGAAACACGGGCCGUGUUCCCCCGAGACGAACUUCACGAUCGCGGCGAGUUUCACCCUCCGCUCCUCCCCGACGGCGAUGCUGUUGCUGCCGAACAAGUCGCCGAAUCCGUACCCGGAACCGCCCCUCGCGCCCGAGGCUCGCGCUCGCUUCGACAAGCUCGCCGCCGCCGUCACCACGGGGCGUUCCUUCGUGGUCGGCACGGCUGAAGGCGGCGUGUGCCUGGUGGCUCAGGUCACGGAGCGCGACUGGGCGGUGUUGCGCGAGGUUCAGUCCCUCGCCCGGCGUCACCCGCUUUUAACGCCGGUGCUCGGGGCGUCGCACGAAAACGCUCGCGGGGCGUGGCCGCCGCGGGUCGGCUUCGGUCCCCCGGGUCCACCCGCGCCGCUGUGGCCGUCCGUGGCCGAGGCAGCUGGCGGUGGGGUGGCGCGAGCGGGGUCGUCGUCGGUUCCCGCGCCCGAGGUGAUCGACGGGUCCCUGCUGCGGGAGGUGCUCGAGUUACCGGAGCUGGCGCAGAGGGAGUUGUUGGGCUCGGGCGCGUCGCCCCUGCCCGUGGAGACGGUUUUGGGGUUGAUCCAGCGGGUGCUCGAGACGUGA